CACCUGGGUUGGCCAAUCAGAUUUCUAGGGGGUCCAUGCCACCCCUGCCCCCCCCCCCCGGACACACCCCUUGUGUGAUGUUUUAAUCGAAUAAGAUGAAUAUCUGAAGUAAUUAUCUCACAUUAUUUUGUAUGUAAAAUAAUAAAAACAUUAAAAAUUUUCACCAACUCAAAAAAGUUUUUCAGCUGACUUCAAAUCCCAUGACUUCAUUUUGAUAAUUAUACAAAUAGCAUAGUGUUUUAGAGUGUUUUCAUAGUUCUCUGAAAAAGACAAUACCAACUAUCAGCUAAAGAAAAUUUAAGAAGUAAACAGUCUUAACCUUCGUUAGCAUUGUCGUUCCUUAUCCACAUCAGUUUCAGUAAAUGUACAAAUCUGCAUUUUUUUAUCUACAAAAAAUAAAACUUUUUAUUGAAUAGCAUUACCUUAUCUUUAGAUUCACAGGUAUAGAUGAAUAUAAAUAUACUGUAUAAAAAAAUGAUAUUCUGUAAGUAAUCAGAUCCAUCAGAUCAGCAGAAAAACAGAAGUAUUCAAAUAUAUGUUGAAGUUUCAGUUCACUUUUGGUGCAAAUAUCGGUACAUAUAACACCUCAAAGGGCUGACUUGGGUUUGGUGUAAUUAAUAACCAUCCUGCCAACUUCCUCUGUUACACUUGAGGCCCUAUUUUAGGCUCCCAGGUUACAGAGCGCAGCUUUCAAAAGAAGCACAACGGUCACAUUUUAUGAACAUUAGUAAGCAGGCUGGUGGGAACAUCUGGGUAAAAGGACAAAGACGUUCUAACAGCUGAAUGGAUCAGACACACGAGGAGGACAAUGCAGAGAGGGAAACACCUGCAGGUUAGUAAAAAAGAUCCCAAACCUAACGUCAAAAUGAUUACAUAUAAAGCUUAUCAGUGUUACAUACAUAUACUGCUGACCUUGUCCUUACUUUGUGUACCGCCCAAAAUCCUCAACUGAUGUUGCCGUUUCCAGGGAACAAUGACAGCCACAGUUAUUGUCUGGUUGCAAAGUCCUUGUUAACUUUUUUCUCUGAAAGUGGCAGUUAUCUUAACGAGGGUCAAAAGGUGGAUGUCCUUUGAGACCCGGGUUAACACCUUCUCAGAUCUCAUCUGAGAUCAUUUCAGAUGUCCAUGUUUUAAAAAGAUGAUUGAAUGAAGUCAAUUGAAGUGAAUAUUUCCUCACAAAGGGUCCCAAUGAUUCAGUGAAUGAUUAUAUUUUCUGAUUCAACAGAAGCAGGAUGCUGUCAAAAAUAUAAGAUGACUGCGUGUGUGGCUGUUGUUAUAGCAACUACAGUCCUUGUCAUGGGGCUGCUUUGGUGUUUGAUAUUCUUUGGUGAGUAUUAAUAUUAGAUCAUACACUUGACAUUUGUAAAUGAAGUUAGAAAAAUAUUGAAUCCAGGCUUAUCCCAAAAAUCAUUUUCCUAAAUUCAUUUCUAAUCCUUGUCACCCAGGAAAAACAAGAAUGAAAUCUUAACUACAGUAAAAGCAACAAUACCACAGUUCACAUAAACUCUGUCAGUACUCUACCAAAGUAGUAAGAGGACAUCAACAAGUGUUUAAAGCUCCUGUUAAGAACUUUAAGUUUCUGUUGAUUUUGGCACCCCCUUGUGGACAAAGAAUUCAUAUAACUCUGCUGAUUUUCCUUGUACCUCGUGGCAGCAGUUUCAGGCACUUUAAUAACUAUAUAGAAAUAUAAUCAGUGUCAUUGCAGCUCAUAUAGAGGCAUCAGUAUUUAUAUCAGUCUGUUUCAUGACCAGCUACAAACUCCUCACAGGAGCUAUUUUAAGGGUUGUGCAAAAUGAUAAUAAAAAAAACGUUAUUUUGGGGUCUUCGUCUGCUCCCUGCUAGUUUCACUACAGAGAUAUUCACAUUUCAGUUUGAUCUGAUUCAUCCCAGCAGAGACUCACACCUUUGAAGGGUGCUUUAAUCUUUAACAAUGCAUCAUGUUGUAUAACAUGAUCAUAUUUUUUGUACUUAAAAAUUCAGUCUCUAUCCUAACUACAGCAGGUAAGUGAAUUUAGUGGGGAAAAAGGUGCAAUAUGUCCCUUUAAAAUAUUGGACUUAAAGUACUGCAGCAUGUGUGAUGGUGGAGGGCAUUUUUAAAGUCACCACUGCUGUAUUUGUCCACUUAUUUUCUCCAAACCUUCUAAAAGAACCUGCAGUCUUAAAGUCAAAUGCACAUUAAGUUGUCAAGUUCCUAAAUGCACUUCCUGUUUAUCUGUCAGUCUGGUGUACGAAAGCCCCAGAAGAGAAUCGUCAAACCCCCCAAACUUCAGUUAAUCAGCUGACGGAUCUCCUGCAGCAGUGCCAAAGAGAGCAUCAGGAUCUGACCCUGAUGCUCCAUGCUGCCACUCAAGACUCCAGGUGCAGUUUGUGUCCUGAAGGCUGGAUGUGGUGGAGAAGUCACUGCUAUUUCUUUUCAGUGGGACUGCAGGAACAUCUCCGAUGGAACGAGAGUGCUGAGUUCUGCAGGCGACACAACAGCAGCCUGAUUGUCAUCAAAGACUAUGCAGAGAUGGACUUUAUCCAAGGUGUGAUGAGGUCAUUCCCUAAGUAUCCCUUCCUGUGGGUUGGGCUGACGGACACCAAGCAGGAGGGUAGCUGGCUGUGGUGGGACGGCACAGACAUCCAGCACUACAUGCCGCUGACUGUGGAGUGGGACUCUGACCACAGGGACUGUGCAGACCUUAGGGGAGGUGGGACUCUCUUUGCAGCUAACUGUGAGUCGUAUGGACCCUGGACUUGUAAAAAGGACUCCUGACAGGCAGCAAACAGCUCUACACACACACACACACACACACCCUCAAAGGAUUUUGAUUAAUGCAUUACACUUAUGUAAUAUGUGAAUUUUCUUGUCAGACUGUGUGGGGUAAAAAAGAGGACUUCAUGUGUUUUUGAAAUAUUUAUUAUGUAAAAGCGCAUUGUGCGGUUCAUGCUAUAUUUAAAUGCAGAAUGAGUUCACACAUAAUCUUGUCAAGCCCAGUGUCAUAAUAUAAUCGAGACAUAAUUGUGACUGUGACAUCUUUCAACAUUUAAAGCUUCUUACUUAAACAAACUCAACCAAACUCUUCCUCUUCUUCAAAAUAGCAUAUUCUGAAAAUAAAUAUUU